AUGUUUGAGGCUGUAGAUUGUCUUGAAGAAAGGAGGGUGGAGAUAGCUACAUUCUAUCUCCAGCAAGAAGCUGACAAUUGGUGGAGUAUGAUGGGACCCAUGUAUCGGCAAGAGGGAGAAUUUCGAUGGACUGACCUUAAGGCUCGAAUGCGGGAUCGUUUUUAUCCCGAGCAUGUUAAGUCCGCCAAGUAUGAGGAAUUUCUGCAUCUACGUCAAGGGACGACAUCUAUUCAAGACUACUAUGCUAAAUAUCUUGAGCUGGCACGAUUUGUUCCUGCCCUAGCCCCGGAUGAGCCAAGUAAGGCUAGGAAGUUUGUAAGUGGAUUAAAUUUCGAGACUCAAAAAGCCGUUUGUGUGUUUGAGUGUCAGACUCUUGGAGAGGCUUAUAGUAAGGCUGCCAAACAUUAUCGAAUCCAGCAGAUGCAGAAGGAGGUUCGUGAGAAGGUGGUACUGAGGAGCCCAAAAGGAAAACGUGUGUCCUAUAAGGGAGCUGCAAGUCUGUCCGAUGUGAGAUUAAUAUCGAUGGCCAAGAUGAGGAAGUAUGUGGGAAAAAGGUGUGAAGUGUUCUUAUGCAUGGUGGAAGAUUUGAAUGUGGAGAAGAAGGGAAUUGAGCAAAUCCCUGUCGUAAGGGAGUUUCCUGACAUAUUCCCUGAAGAGAUUCCAGGCUUCCCUCCACAACGGGAAGUAGAGUUCACCCUGGAUCUGGUACCGGGCACUACUCCUAUUUCAAAGACCCCGUACUGA